AAGGGAGGGCAAUCUUGUCCGGACGCUAAUAAGACCCAAUGGCUGGUGCAAGGUGGCCAGGAGCUCUGAAACGCGACAGGAGACGGUGGACGAAGCAGAGAAGGAGGAGAAAAAAAUCUCAGGAGAGACAUUUCUGUAUGGACAAAGAGGAUGAGAGCGCCACGGGAGCGUCCAUAGGAACUACAGGGGAGCCGUGGGGGCUUUUAGUGUGCGUCAGUUUGUGUCUCGUCAAAGGAACUGCGUGGAGAGAGGAGCGCUCUACAUGAUUUGCAAUGGACCAGGAUCUGACCCUCAUUCACAUGCCGAAUCACUGACUCCUGGGAGCCCCAACCCUCCCCAAUGAAGCAGUCCUGGUGGGCCCGCCUGGCACAGCUCGGCCUGCUCGCUGUGUGGACCUGCAUAUGGCUGGUCCAGGGAUGCGGACCGGGCCCCGGGUACGGCAUCCGGCCCAGGCCCAGGAAGCUCACGGCCAUGCACUACAAGCAGUUUUUCCCCAACUUCUCAGAAAACAACCUUGGUGCCAGCGGGAGAGCAGAGGGCAAGAUCACACGCAACUCUGAGCGCUUCAACGAACUUGUGUGCAAUUACAACCCAGACAUUGUCUUCAAGGAUGAGGAGAACACCAACGCAGACCGCUUCAUGACCAAGCGCUGUAAGGACUGUUUGAACAGGCUGGCUAUCGCAGUGAUGAACCAGUGGCCAGGGGUACACUUGCGUGUGACGGAGGCCUGGGAUGAGGACGGCCACCACCCUCCCGGCUCGCUGCACUAUGAGGGCCGUGCCGUGGAUAUAACCACUGAUGACAGAGAAACAGAGAAGUAUGGUCUUCUGGCCCAGCUGGCUGUGGAGGCUGGCUUUGACUGGGUCCACUAUGAGUCCAAAUAUCACAUCCACUGCUCAGUAAAAGCUGAUCACUCUGUUGCAGUGGAAAAAGGUGGCUGUUUCCCAGGCUGGGCCCGGGUGACGGUUGCUGGAGGGGUGCAGAAGAGCCUGUCGUCCCUGGCUCCUGGGGACAGAGUCAUGGCCUUGUCUGGGACAGGCCAAAUCGUGUUUAGCCAAGUCCUCUUGUUCCUGCACCGGGACCAAGAAAGCUGGUCCACGUUUCUGUCUCUGGAGACAGAAGACGGCCACAGAUUGGCUCUUACUCCACAUCACUUGGUCUUUUUAGCUCCCCACUGCAGACUUGAGAGCAGUGAGUACAAGUUUGCAAGCAGGGCCAAAACAGGAGACUGUGUGCUCAUCCAUACAGCGGAGGGUCAAGUACGUCCAUCUCGAAUCAUCUUUGUGUCAGUCGAGGAGAGUGUGGGAGUGUAUGCGCCUUUAACAGAAGCUGGAACUGUGUUUGUUGAUGGGGUGCUGGCAUCUAGCUAUGCUCUGGUGGAGGACCACAGACUUGCACACUGGGCAUUUGGUCCAGUGCGACUCCUCUCUUCAUUCAAGCAGCUACUCUGGGGAGAGACAAGAAAAGAACAUCAAACCACAGACAGUGAAACAGCUUGUAUUAAGACUCCAUCUCAUUGUAGCCCUUUGGCUGCAAAAGACAAAGCAGGUGCGUAUGUGAAUAAUGGCACUCUGGACAAAGAAGACAAUCUGAGCAAACCUGUGGGGAUGGAAAUGAAAGAGAAGCAGGCAUCCAAUGUGCACUGGUAUGCUCGAUUACUGUACAGUUUGGGAUGUAUCUUUUUAGACUCCAACUCCUUUCAUCCUUAAAAGCCUAAAACUAUAAACUGAGUACAUGUCGCACUGUUCUGUGUCUCAGCUUUGAUACAUUUACACUAACACUUCCUGUUCUAUUCUUCAAUAAAUAAAAAACACUGGAGUAUCUUGCUUUGUUUUUUUCCCCACUAUUGUUUGCAUUAUAAUCUAUCAUACAUGCUAAUGUAAGUGAUGUUUUGUAAGAAGCUGAUGGGACAAAUUGUCUAAGCAUGUUAAUGUAAAAAAAAACAAAAAAAAAAACUGGUCACUCCAAAAUGACUGUAUGAUAGUCUAUUUGUACAUCAUGUUAUUUCUUUUAAUAUUUCAAUUAUAUAUGUAAUAUAUAUAUAUUAUUCUAAUGGGAUAGGAAUAAU